AUGGUACGAUUGACGAUAACACCCGCCGUAGCCGAAGGUCAACAGAAGCUGGCUGAGGUCAGACUCAGACGGCGAAUCGCGGCGACACCAGAGGACACAGAGCAGGAAACCACAGCAGGUACUGUCAGCAAGACUGCGGCGACAGCCAAAGCCGAAGAGCCGACUCUUGGCGAUUAUGUGAUCGGAGACCCCAUCACGCACAGCCAGAUAUUAGAUUUGUGGAAAAGUCUGAAGACGGAAGGCAUCGAGGGAUUCGGUUUGGAGGGACUGUUGCGAGGCGCCAGGGUCUACACACCCCCGCCACCUCCGAAGCCUGAACCAUCCGCCGAGUACAAAGCCCUGAUGGCCCGCCUGCGACGCGAGGAAGAAGAACGAACAUACCAGCGAAUGAUGAAGCAACCGUCCCGAAUGGAGGCCUUUUCCCAGCAGUUUCCCAGCGCCGCUGCCCGAGCACACGCCUUUGCCGAAGUAAACCGCCCUAUGAACGAAGCAGACAAUGGCGAUGACGAAGUGACGCUCGGGGACGUGCAGAAGCAGAUGAUGGUCAUUCUCAACUUUCUCAUAAGCAUCAUUGGUGUCGCGGCCACCAUCUGGAUAGCAGCUCGAUGGUGGAACGUCACUGCUCGAAUAUUCUUGACGCUUGGAGGCGCCAUUCUAGUCUUAAUAGCAGAGGUCGCCGUGUACUCGGGCUAUGUUUGGAGGAUAGGGGAGGCCAAGUCCAAGACGAAAGAACCGGAAGAAAUCAGAGAGGUGAUGCAGUCGUGGGUGCUGGGUAAGGAGAGCAAGGGCGAGCCAGCCGGAGAAUCGACUAUCCUUGAUACGAAAUCGCAAGAUACAGACGAAGGCAUACGACGAAGACUAAAGGGGCUCUCGUAG